AUGCGAAGCGUGGACGGGGGCAGAGGUCGCCGCCCUCCCGAUCCGCGCAAGAAAGAGAAUACCCAGACGUAUUCACACCCCGUACCCGGACCUACCCAGACCUACCCACACCUACCCAGACGUAUUCACACCCCGUACCCGGACAUACCCGGACGUAUUCACACCCCAUACCCAGACCUACCCGGACCUACCCAAACCUACCCGGACCUACCCAGACGUAUUCACACCCCGCCCGGACCUACCCAGACGUAUUCACACCCCGUACCUGGACCUACCGAAACCUACCCGGACCUACCCAAACCUACCCACACCUACCAGACGUAUUCACACCCCGUACCCGGACCUACCCAAACCUACCCGGACCUACCCAGACGUAUUCACACCCCGUACCCAGACCUACCCGGACCUACCCAGACGUAUUCACACCCCGUACCCGGACCUACCCACACCUACCCACACCUACCCAGACGUAUUCACACUCCGUACCCAGACCUACCCGGACCUACCCAGACGUAUUCACACCCCGUACCCGGACCUACCCAAACCUACACACCUACCCAGACGUAUUCACACUCCGUACCCGGACCUACCCGGACCUACCCAGACGUAUUCACACCCCGUACCCGGACCUACCCACACCUACCCAGACGUAUUCACACCCCGUACCCGGACCUACCCGGACGUAUUCACACCCCAUACCCAGACCUACCCGGACCUACCCAAACCUACCCGGACCUACCCAGACGUAUUCACACCCCGUACCGGGACCUACCCGGACCUACCCAGACGUAUUCACACCCCGCACCCAGACCUACCCGGACCUACCCAAACCUACCCGGACCUACCCAGACGUAUUCACACCCCAUACCCAGACCUACCCGGACCUACCCAAACCUACCCGGACCUACCCAAACCUACCCGGACCUACCCAGA